AUGAAUAUUCUCCCUACCUUCCUGUGGGGUUGUCUCCUGUGGCUGGGUGUGGUGGCAGCGCAGUCAUGGUACUCACUAUUUCGCAACAACCUGAUAGCCCGCAAGACUGGCCUUCGCUUUCACAUUAUCCCUAUCAGCCAUCUCAACCACUUUUGGAUGCUUGUUGACAAACACGUUCUGCGCUAUGUCAAGCUGAUUUUUGGCGAUAGUGCCUUUACGCGGUACAAUUGGAUGGGCUGGGAACUGCACGGCCGAUAUUACUCUCAUCAUGAGCUCGGCGAUGCCUUCAUGUUGGUGACUCCUGGCCGGAACUGGUUGUAUAUCGGCCAUCCGGAUAUCGUGAUGGAUCUAGUUUGGUCAAAAAGGAAAAUGUAA